AUGCUUAGACGUUGCCUGCUGCAGACCACAGCUAUGAUGUUGAGCGAUAACUUCAAGGCAGCAGAAGCAGUAGCUACAUGCACGCGGCCCUUCACGCAUUGCGGCAGCGGCGGCCUCACCCUCACCAUUGGCGACGUGACGGUGCCUGUUCCAGCCAACGUCGCCCACCCGGAGCGCGUCGCGUGGAUUCACCCCGGUGCUGUGAGUGGCGGCGCCGUGGACAGUAUAGGCAAAAACAAUAACAACAACAACAACUACAACAAGAAUGCUAGCGAUGAUGAUGAUGAUGAGUUGCGGCUGCAGGGCGGAAACGCAUUCUUCCAGCUGCAAGACCCCACCACACAACGGUACCUGCGCUGGAUGUGCCAGAAGGAGCUUCUGCGGCAGGACAUGUGUCUCGUUGGCGAACCCGGCCCGGCGUUGCGGUGGCUCGUGCACGCGUACUCUUGCCUCGUGCGGCGUGAACUACAGGGUCUCGCGCUCAACAGAGACACCACUGAGAGCGACCUCGGCCAGCGGCGCGAGAUACGCAACGGCACGCUCGUGUACGAUGACCAAUGCGUUGUGGUUGCCGCACGCGAGGGGCAGCUACUUCUGCUGGAGGGCCUCGAGAAGGUGGAACGCAAUGUGCUGCCGGUGAUCAACAACCUGCUGGAGAACCGCGAAAUGCACCUCGAGAACGGCAUGAUGCUCAUCCACCCUGAGCGCUACGACCGGCUACUGCAGGAACUCCUCCCCGCCAAGAGGAGGAGGCAGGAGCAGCAACAGCAGAGCAGCCGCAACAACCGGAACAACGAGGGGGAUGAUGUCAUGACGCUUGCGGCAGCGCAUGACGAAAUGAGGCGCAUGGGCUUCAUACGCGUCUCGGAGCACUUCCGCGUUGUCGGCAUCACGGUGCCCGUGCCGCCGUACGACGGCAACCCACUUGACCCACCGCUGCGCUCACGCUUCCAGUGCCUCUACGUGAGCCUCCCGCUCCCACGCCUAAGUGUAACAGCAACUAAUACUUCAGCAGGGGAAGGCAUGGGAACAGGCUGUGGUGGGCGCCCUNUUGAUGCAGCUGAGUCUCUUUUGAAGUUACGCACUGCCAUUGACGAGGUGAAUGCAAGCACGCGGGAGUUCACCACAACAGCUGCUACCAGCGAUCAGCAGGUGGGCAGCAGAAGCGGAAGUGCGGUGGGGAUGCAUCGGGAGCUGCAGUCCAUAGGAAGCUACGAGCUCGCUGUGUUGUCGCGGCAACUGCAGCUGUUCCCUGACAUCCCCAUCGGCGACGUUUUACCGCGUGCUUUUCCGUGGCCGCUGUACGCACAGCAGACAACUGCCACCGGUGGCGCCGCAUACAUCGAGGAGGCUGCCCGCCGUCGCCGCGAGUACGAACAGCUGCUGGCUGCGUGUAACAUCGGCGUCCCAUCAUUCGAAUACCGUAACGAUAACGACAACAACUAUAUUGACAAAAAAAGCGGUGGCACUGCCGCUGCUGCCACGGAGGAGGAGCGUUUCACCAACCGCCGCACCGCAUCACGCUCUCCUAUGGCUCGCGGUCCUACGACCCGCAACCUGCGUGAGCAGGUGGCCUCCCUACGCCGUUCCACGAGCAACAACAACAAGACGAAUGCGGUACGUCAACCAGAGGGAUUCAACGAUGUUCUGCGUCUGGAGAACAUUCGUUUUGUGGGGCAACGACCCACUGCUGCGGUGGUGGGUGAAGCGUGCAUCGCUGGGAGCCGUGGCACAUACCGCCUCCCUAUAUACUUGGGCCAGGCCGGGAAUUCCAACGCAGCAGCAGCAGCAUCAAAGGCGGGGGAUGCGAUUGUGGUGGCGGCGCGUUGUCCCACGCCGCGCAGUGUCUUCACUCCGGCGCACCACCACGUGCUGCAGGCGAUGCUGCAGCUCCAUAUUGCGGGUCAGCACAUCCUGCUGCUUGGCCCCACUGGCUGCGGUAAGACAACAAUUCUGCACGAGUUUGCCCACCUCCUCGGCUAUCGCACAGAGACCAUGUACCUCUACGCUGACAUGACAAACAAGGACCUCUUCCAGCGCCGUACAACCGAGUCGACGACAGGUGACACGACGUGGAAGAACAGCAUACUCGUGGAGGCAGCACUGGGCGGACACAUCGCCGUCCUUGACGGCAUUGACAAGCUGCCGCACGGCAUGCUGUCGUCCCUACAGCAGCUGCUCGUGGAUGGGGGCGCCAGUCUGUACGACGGUACAGUGCUCAAGCCACAGCGUGAGUACGAGAUACUCAAGCGGAAAAUGCAUGCAACGGAUGAUGCGAUGCGGGAACGACGGAUCUUCCCUGUUCAUCCCGCCUUUCGCGUCGUGGCGACCGCGCGGCUCACAACGGCGGAUAUCAGCAGCAGUAGUAGCAACAGUAGCGGGUCGGGACGUGGCCGCUGGCGCAUCACACACGAGGUGACGUCGCUCUUCGGCAUCGUGACGAUGCCUGCCCCCACGCAGGCUGCGCUGCGUACUGUCCUGUCCCAGGUUGCAUCUGCCGAGCUGCAGUCAUGGUGUGGUGAGGGGGGAACUGCUCCUGCAGUUGCACCAGAGGUAAGCGUGGAGCUGAUGCGUGAUGUGGAUCGGCUGCUGCUGCUGCGCGAUGCGCUCGACCAGAUGCAGGCGACGGAACCAAAGAUCCCGCAGCUGAGUCUCCGACAACUGCUGCAUCUGAUUCGAUUCCGUGUCCGCUACCCUGAAGACUUCACACCCGGCGUGGAGUCCGCGCUGCUGCUUCCCCUGAUGGCCACACUGACGGCGGGACAAGUGCGACAGGUGAUGCGUUCCUGCGGUUUUGACGAAGUGCGUGACCACAAUGAGCCGAAGGAUCAACAACAACAACAACAACAACAACAACACACGUCCACAACAACAAGAAAAAUGGCAGCACCAGCAGCAACCGAUCUGCAGGAGGGACGCCGCAGCAAGCGUCAUGAUGUCCUGACAAAACUUCCACUCUCUACAAGUUCCGUUGCUUGUGGCGGGGGUGGUGACGAUGGUGGGGCGCCGACACGUGUUUUUGUGGUGCAUGACAAACCCGUUCUGCGCAUCACUCGUGGGUACACGGAAAAGGAGCAGGCAAUGGUGCCAUACAUCCCGUACUUUCACUCCAAUCCUGUUCACGAGUCCAUCAUUGCCUGGCUUGCGAAGCAGUACGCAGUGGGGAACAACAUCCUGCUGAUCGGCAACCAGGGCGUCGGGAAGAACAAGGUGGUGGACGCUUUCCUCGCGCGCAUCGGGGUGCCGCGUCAGUACAUUCAGUUGCACCGCGACACAACCGUGGGAAGCCUCACUAUCAACCCCACUGUUGAAGGCGGGCGCGUCGUCUGGGCGGAUUCGCCGCUGGUCAAGGCCGUGCAGCAGGGACACUGCCUUGUCGUGGACGAGAUUGACAAGGCGCCGGUGGAGGUGGUGCAGGUCCUAAAGGGCCUCAUCGAGGACCACGAGAUGCGGCUGCGCGACGGUAGGCAGAUACGAGGCCCAAAGGCACGCAUCAUCGUCGCAGCCGACAACAACAACAACAACAACGAAAGCAGCAACAGAAGCAACAACAAGGACCAAGACAAUAUCAUUACAAUGCAUCCAGACUUUCGCAUCAUUGUGCUUGCGAACCCACCGGGAUUCCCGUUCCAUGGCAAUGACUUCUACCGCGAAUGUGGGGAUUUGUUUGCGUCGUAUGUGAUGGGCAACCCGGACGCCCACUCGCAGCUGCGCGUGCUUAAGGCGUACGGCCCAAACCUCCCCGAUCCCCUGCUGGUACGACUCAUCGGUGCUUUUCAGCGCUUGCAGAAGAGCUUCGAGGAGGGACACCUCACGUACCCCUUCUCUCUGCGUGAGCUCAUCGCGGUGGUGAAGCACAUGGCGGCAUUUCCCCACGACGGCAUCUACGAGGCCCUCAACAACGUUUUCAAUUUUGAUGCACGUGACGAGAAUACCUUGCAGCUCGUCCGAGAGGUGCUGCAGGUACACCUGAGCCCACUGAUGAGCGCUGGUGGCAUGCGACGGCUUCUGCCUCUGCGCAUUGGAAAGCCUUUGCCUCUAAAAUUGCUACCACAACCACUGCACGUGCCAGCAGUAGCAGCAUCGUCAGCAUUAUCGUCAUCGGUGCAACUAAAUAAUGGUGUAUUGCCGCUUCCUGUGCGUUUUCUCACACCAGCAGAAUGUGGCGGGGCGUACGCUCUGCAGUCCGUCCCUACAUGGCGUGAGCAGUACAGAGAGGCGGACUUUGCCGCUGUGACACCGAGUAGCACGUCGGAUGGCUUCACGGAGUGGAUGGCGAAGCCGCGGCUUCCAUUUCUGCGUCCAGAGGACAAUGUGCUGGGCGUAGCGGCAACCACGACGGACAGCGACAGCGGGACGCUUGCGAGUGUCGCCGUUCUCUUUGCACGCCCAGCUGAGGUAGACGACAGCGGAGACACCAACAGCAAGAAGAAAAGGCUUCUUCUCGCGGUAACGACGCCGCCGUCCGUCGCCUCUCUUGUGAUGGUAGCGAAGCGCCUUUCAGACCUUCCUGCUGGUCAGGUGCAGUACUUCGACUUGACAGACCUCAUCCCCAAUGCCUUCACCGCCGCCGCCGCCGCCGCCGCCGUCUCACCUUUGCUGUGCGUCUUCAAUGCCGAGGCGCACGCCGCCUCGCUUGCCGGCGUGCCCCGCGAUUGGCUGUACGACGCCUUCGGAGCCCCCGCCCCACUUGUGGCGGUGGUGGACGCGCCAUCGGGGCAGGUGCUGCUCAUCAACGCCUCAGCCCCUACAGACUCUCUUGCAGUGCCGACACCACAGCAGCAGCAGCAGGAGCGUGAAGACGCUGCUCUGAGCGCUGUGUUGCCUGUUCGACUCACAUCGCUCUCUGGAGAUUUAUUGCCGUGCGUGGCUUCUGUCCGUCCUGAAAGUGGUAUUGUCGCCAUGGCGCAGCCGUGCAGUGCGGAGCUGCGCGUGUGGAUGAACGGCCACCGCGUCGCUGUGACGUUGCCCGCAGCAAGCAUCGAAUCGGUGCACUUCUUCACCGAGAACCUGGCAGCGGUGCGCCUUGUUUUAGCCGAGUCGACGCAGAAGCUGCAGGGCGUGCUAAAAAUAGCGGUGCUGCCGGACGGAAACGCCAAGGCAAGUUUGUGUCUGCUGCCGAGUGGCGUCAGUGGGACCGUCGUGGGCUUCGCUGGGAGGCGAACUGCCACUGUGUCGUCCGGCAGUACGCUCCUAGAGCCCCUCUCACCAGAUGAGCUGCGGGGGGCUGUCGUUGUCCCGAGUGGCGAGGGCUCUAGUGACAGGGAUGUGGUGUACAUGACUCUGGAUGGGUACUUGGCGGAUCAGCAGCUGUGGUCAAUGCGGGUGUUCACCGACACCAAAGCUGCAGCAGCAGUACGCUCUGCGGCUUCACGCCGUGCCUCGCUGCAGGUUGAUCACACUCACUACCAGCUGCUGGCGAGCGGGGGGGCUGAGUCCAGUGAUCAUGGCAGCGUGGUUGCAGUCGACUUCCAACAACAUACAGUGCGCCGCUUUGCACUGCCAUCAACAACAACAACAACAAGAACAAGGGAGGCUGCUGUUGCUACAUCGUUUUCAUCAUCAGUUCAUCAUUCUGGUGAACCUCUGUUUGCUCUGGAUGAAGGUGCGGGGACGGCGCUGUUGUACAACGCUGCGCAGCAGCAGCUGUUGACUGCGGAUGUAGUGGCAGAACGUGUAGAGCACCGCUACCGCAGCUGGGCUGCACUGCUUGACGGCUCUGUUAAGCAGGUCGGUGCUGCCGUGGUGAACCCACACCAGCAGCCACUGCCGAUGUCCUACAGCACGCCGCGCAAGAAACCAUCCGGCACUCUUAAGCACGGCGAGGAAGACGACGAGGAACACCACGGCGGCAACACGUACGCGGGUGGCACUGGUGGCACCGACACCGCCGGCCUUGGCGGCCUCAUCGGGCCGUACCGACUCGACAAGGGGCGACCCGUGCAUCAGGUUUCACCCGAGGCGAAACAGCAGGUGCCGCCGCACAUCGUUGAGGAGGCGAGACGCAUGGGGAAGGCGGCGUUGGAAGAGCGGCUGCGGGAGAUCGGCAUGUCCGCGAAGGAGUACGAACAGUACAGGGCGCUGCAGGAACGCGUGCGUGCGCCGGUCGCGCUGGUGCGGAGCCUGCUGAGUGGGCUAAAGGCGGCCGAGGGGGAACGCAUAUGGCUGCGCGGCCAGACCGACGGCGUGUGGGACGACAGCAAGAUCGUGGAGGGCAUUGUCGGGGAGCGCAACAUAUACAAACGCCGCGCAGAUUCCACCGAUACAAACCCGUUCAAAUCCAAACACAAGAAACGUCUCCUGUUUGUGCUGGACGUGAGUGCCAGCAUGUACCGAUUUGAGAGCAUGGACCACCGGCUUACGAAGCUACUGGAGUCCACCGUCAUGGUGAUGGAGGCCUUCGCCGGCUUUGAGGACAAGAUUGACUACGCGAUGACCGGCCAUAACGGCGACAGCGCGUGCAUCGAGCUGGUGCCGUUCGGGCAGCCGCCGCUCAACCAGAAGGCGCGCAUGGAGGUGUGUCAGCGCAUGGUCGCCCACUCACAGUACUGCUGGUCGGGCGACAACACCGUAGAGGCAAUGCGGAAGAGUAUCGAGCACGUCACGGCGGAAAAGGGCGAUGCCUACCUUGUAUUUGUGAUCAGCGACGCGAACCUGCCGCGCUACGGCAUUGAUCCGCGCGAGCUGAGCACAAUCAUGCGGAGCCACAGGGAGGUGCAGAUGUUCUGCAUUUUCAUUGCAACGCUUGGCGAGCAGGCAUCGGACCUGCAGGCGGAGCUGCCGACUGGGCACGGUUUUGAGUGCAUGGAGACAAACGCGCUACCGCAUAUUCUCAAGCAGAUAUUCAUGUCUGUCAACCUGCUGUAG